CAUACAUAAAUGGCUAUUGAAAUAUAUGAUGACGAACACGUCAGGAAGCACCAGCAGACAAAGCCAACAGGCUAAAACCCAGAUGGUGACUAGCAUGAAUGAUUCAUCAGAUAUUUUAAUUGCUAGAAAUAUCAAACAAGAUACGAACGAAGAUUACAUAAUAAUAAUAAUGUUAUUAGAUUACUCGUGAGUGUAUGUGAUUUCGUUAUCUGGUCAUUAUUUUGUCGUGUGAACUAUGAGACCACAAAUUUCAACUAUUGCUGGACUCGGAUUCGUUGCCAUUUACGAUCAAUCCAAUGUAUCUACAAAUUUUUCCACUCGAAAAAAAGAGCAUACAAGAAAAGCUCCAACAGUAAAAAAUAGACAAAUAGUAGAUGCAUGCAAUAUAUAGUCUUGUUAAUUCUCAACAUGGCUGGCUAUGAAAUCACCGAUCAAAGCUAAAGCACCACGGAACACAAAAAUAUUUUAUUCAGAAAAAAGAAAAAUGAUUGCUGUCAUUCGUAUCCAAUAGAAAUGAAUGGCAGCAAUUAGCAAAGCAUGAUAAUAUUGAUUUUAUUAAACUUAAAAAUAAACAAACCCUUCAAAUAAAAAGGGUAUUCCAUUUUGAAGCAAAUUCGAAUACCUCUCACUUUUCCUCACUUGAAAAUCAUGUCCACGUUACAUUAGUUGCAUCAUUACGCAAAAUCAACGGAUUAAUUAGUGCUCUAAACGAAACAAUGAAGUUCAAUGCGAGAUCAUUGUCAUGAAGAAGCAAAGAAGGGGGUAGCAUCUAGUUGUUCAUAUCAUAUGUAACCUAAAUUACCUUAAAAUUUUGCAAUUAACAAAAAAACACAAUCUCCCAUUAUAUCGAAGGAUAUAACAAAUCAGAGUGGCGCAGCGGAAGCGUGGUGGGCCCAUAACCCACAGGUCCCAAGAUCGAAACCUGGCUCUGAUAAAAACAGAGAAGGCAUUCCGCAAAUAGUUUUUAGGUAGGCCAGGCACUGAGGGUAUUUUAUCUGGGCUCUCUUUAACUCUGAUGCCAGUGCCCCAAGGGUCAAUUGUUGGACUUCGUACGAAGUGAAUCCCAAAGCUUGUAGCCUGUGGGCCAGGUGAGGCCCACAACAUUUAAGGCACUUGAGGCCCAAUUAUAUCUAACCCAAAAUAUUCCUCUUUUGGUGUUUCCUCACUGAGGUUCAUGCUGGCUGCUGAGAGUACUCUCGCAAAUGUGUUUAUUAUGUUUCUUUGGGCUUUUGUGGAGUUACUGUUUCUUUUUGGGCUCUGGGAGGUUCUCCUCCUUUCCUUAUUUGCAUGACCGAAACAAAAGUUCAUUUUGGCUGAAAAAAAGGUUCAUGUUGAGUUUAGAAGGUACUAAAUUUUAACCCUUACUGUUUGAAAAUAUUUUAUCAUAUAAUUUGAUAAAUGCUUAUAAAUAUUAAACUUACGGAUGAUCUCCAAGAGGAAACUAAACAAUUAUGUUCCUAACAGAAGGUAAAGGUUUUUCACUUUAAUACAUUUCAACAUAAAAACUGCUAGUAAUAAUCAUCCAAACAAGAAUUUGUUUCGAUGCCAAAAACAUGCCACGUUAUGCUACUUUAAAUCCUAAUAAUUGCCUGUGAAAACAAAACUUUAUGCUCCUUACGUACCCCCACCCAGAAAAAUAAAAUCAUUAUAACAAGCUCACAUUAUCACUCAUGUUUUGUCACACCAGAAAUCCUGAAAAACUGAUAGAGUUUUUGACAUUGUAUAGAUUUCAAUUUCCUAUUCCUUUUUUAUCCCCUUAUUGCUGUUUAAUUAGUGUAACAAAUUAUGUCAUUUGGCUACACAAGUGAUAUUCAGUAUAGACUUAAACUACUUAGUUGUGUUUGUCAUUCUCUUCUUUGUUUGGCUACUCAAGUUGUUUCUCUCACUCACAAUCCGCAUUAGUCUAACAGAACCAAAGUCACGAAUAAAUUAUAAAACGUACCUAAAAUGAUAACAAAUAAAAACACUAUGCAGCAGAGGACAAACCAAGAGGACCCGGAAUAUAAUUAGGUUAAUUGUCCAACUCCUAUAAUUGAAGGUUCAAGGCUAAAGUGGGCAUGCCCCACAAAGAAAAAAGACAACAUAAAUAAACUGUAGUUGUUUUAUUUGAAUACUUUUAUUAUGUAACAAAUAAUAAAACAAGCUGCCGACACUUAUUCCCGAACCUACCCAAUUUCUGCAUCCAGUGAGGUUUGGUUCCGAGCCUUCCAAUAUUAUUUGGCCUUCAAGCAUAAGCAUUUGUUGUGCAUUGACCAUUGCUCUUCUUUCUUUUCUUCCAUGCAAACACACGCUCUCCCUCACAGUGACAAACAGGCACAGCUAAGUUGUGUUGUAUGUGUCCUUUCUCAUCACAUAUCUGUUCAAGUACCAUUUUUUCUUUUGGCAUUUUUUAGAAAUUUUCGCUACUUGUUCAUUUUGCUAAUAUAUUAUACACAUACAUAACCUUUCCUGUGUUACUUCUAGGCGCAUGAAUUAAGGGGUAAAAGUUCUCAAGAUUGUUCUCUACUACAAGGUCCAGAUACCAGUAUCAUUCAAUUAUCUCUAUCUAUAUUGAAUUGUUACAUUUGAAGGAGUAUCACUAUCAGCUACUCUUUUCAUAUAGUAUUGUAAGUGAUUAAUGAUGUUGUCGACAAAAUCUGAAUCGGAUAUCACUAGCUUAGCUCCAUCUUCACCUUCAAGAUCUCCAAAGAGGCCAGUGUACUAUGUGCAGAGUCCUUCAAGGGAUUCUCAUGAUGGAGACAAAUCAUCCUCAAUGCAGGCCACUCCAAUAUCAAACAGUCCUAUGGAGUCUCCUUCACACCCUUCUUUUGGGCGUCAUUCUAGGAACUCUUCUGCUAGCAGGUUUUCAGGGAUUUUCAGGUCAUCUUCUGGAAGGAAAGGUAGUAGGAAGAGGAAUGAUAAGGGGUGGCCUGAGUGUGAUGUGAUUCUGGAAGAGGGGUCUUAUCAUGAAUUUGAGGAUAAGGCUUUCACUAGGCGCUUCCAAGCCUUAAUUGCUAUCCUUACUUUUGUGGUCGUUUUCACUGUGUUUUGCUUGAUCAUAUGGGGUGCCAGUAGGCCUUACAAGGCUGAAGUUACUGUUAAGAGCUUGACAGUACAAAAUCUAUAUGUUGGAGAGGGUUUAGACUUCACAGGUGUCCCAACAAAAAUGCUGACAGUUAAUGGAACUUUACGCAUGAGCAUCUAUAACCCUGCUACAUUUUUUGGCAUCCAUGUGCACUCCACACCCAUCAAUCUUGUUUUCUCAGACAUCACUGUUGCAACUGGCGAGCUAAAGAAAUACUAUCAACCAAGAAAAAGUCACCGAAUUGUAUCGGUGAACCUAGAAGGUAACAAGGUUCCCUUGUAUGGGGCUGGAUCCACCAUAACAGUAUCUCAAACCGGUGUUGAAGUUCCACUGACGUUGAACUUUGAAAUCCGUUCACGUGGAAAUGUGGUGGGUAAGCUGGUAAGGACAAAGCAUCAUAAGGAAAUCACAUGCCCAUUGGUGAUAAACUCUACUGGAUCAAAACCUAUCAAGUUCAAACGGAAUUCAUGCACAUAUGAGUGAUCAUUCAUCAAUGUCCAUUUUCGGAGUUCAUUUGUCUUGAGAUUGUAACUUAAAAUUGUAUAAUCUACGGUUGUGAGCAUUUCCUAGCUUGAGAAAUUCCAUUUGCAAGAGAAGCAAAAUAUGCACUUGGAAAAUCCUACCUACAUCCCAUCUGUAUUUUACUCCUAUGAGCUUUGUGCAAAUAAAUGCAUGUAAAGUUGUGUAUGCAUAUACAUAAAAUGAAGAGACAAUUCACUUUUUUUGGGGUCAAUAAAACAGACAAUUCACAAGUUCAUUAAUGAGGAAAUUUGUUAAGCAUUGAAUGCCGCAGCCCAAGUCCACGGGAUGUGGGCUUAAAUAAACGGAACUACAAAAGCCCAAUUAAUUUGGGUCUAAAAUUUAAAUUCUUAAUUUUUGCAAGUGUAUCAAGCUUGUCCAUACAUUUUACUGACUCUACCAUAUUUCCACAAGCAAGCCAUGUGAGAAUCCCCCAUGUAUGGUCUGUAAUAGGUGGAAAACGAAAAGAGAUAAUUGGGUAAUACAAAAUGAGAAAAUUAUAGUAUUCUUUUAGUUGGUUGUGGUGCGAGAAAAUAAUACAUACAUUCAUAGAAAUGCUGCAUAACGAAAAUAAAAAGGAAAAUUCAUAAAUAUUGGUCAAGGAUAGUAGUGGGAGCCAAUCACUCUCCUAAAAUCUUGUUGACAUGGGGGCCCUUCAAUUAAGGCGCAUUAAUAGUUUGU